GCGGGCACGCGCAGACGGCGCGCGAGGACGCAGCUUACUAGAUUAUUCGCAUUUUGUGGCUCCGAAAAAUUCCGGCAUUGAAAGGAUGUUCUGCACUGUUGUGAGUUGAGAGACGUAUUCUGCGCAGCUUCCACCUCCAGUGAGUGAGUUCACUGGCCGCACGGUACUAGAGUAAAUGCACUCGCAAGUGAAAUGGCCGCACGGCCAACAGCGCAAGUCGAUAUCGAUGUGCCAGGAGCCGUUCGAUUCACCGAUGGUUCAACCAAUAAAGGCAACACAACAAUGCUGAGCUCUUCUCUUCCUUCCGACAGCCUUCGAAUGCACGGCGGCGUCGCCAACAGCUUAACGGUAGUGCCGGGACGCAGGAGAAGAUACAAUACGUGUCCUUCCGAAUGGUGGGUCACUCUGAAGGGAAGUGCCUGCUUGUGCUUCAUAAAGGACGGCUCGUCGUUUGAGGGAAACUUGGUUACGGAUAAAAAUGACAUGUUUGGCGUACAGGGAGUCUGCAUGGAGACCCAUAGGACUAAUCAUAUUUCUCACUCUACGGAGGACAACAGCAUGGCUGUAGAAGAAAAGGACAAGAUCGCCUCUCUGAUUAGGGAGGAAGACAGUGGCUUUGUUAGUGAUGAAAACGACGGCGACAGUUUCGACAUAGAGGUCAUCGACCUUGACGAGAGGUCAAAGGCAAUGGUUACUGGUGUAGUGAGGACGCACUUCACCAGCCCCUGUAGCAUGGACUCUGACGUCUUCCAUUUCACGACAGUGAAGCAUAUCGUGGGCCACAGCGCCGAUGCUUACAUCAGGAAAAACCUGUCACACAGAUUUAUGGGUAGCGAGUGUUUUGUGUGUAUCGGACCAAUGGAGGUUAGAUACAAGCGCACUUCCGAGGACGAACUGUGUCGUACUCGGCCGCAGUACAUAUUUUGAUGUCUAAAACACGGGUUGUAGUCAUUUGACAAGGACUGUGAAGUUUGUGGUGUACAAAUUUCGGUUCCUCUUAUUAUACUGGUCGGUCGGUUGUUGCGUUCGUUGAAAAGUCCCAAAUUCGUCGUUAAAUAGUAUAUAAUGACAGGUGAGAUAAUAAGGGACAUUUAUCACACUGGUUCUGUAAUUGUUCCUGAUACCAACGACUUGUAUGUAGCCAGGAAUGACCAAUGUGCAUUUCAAAAUCAACAGCACAUCUCUUCUGAUUCUCCAAUACAGUUCCAUUCCAAGUUGAUUGUUCAGAAAUGACAUGAAAAUCAGUCUUGUUUUAAAUUUUAAAUUGUCAUCGACAUUUUUAUUAACUUUUAAAAAACCGUUUAAAAAUUAUCACAGAAAUAUGCUGCGCUAAAAGCCAUUCUGAGAAAUAUUACAUUGUGGAAUGUACUUGAUAUAGAUCUGAUCUGCAUGGUUUUUAUAUAUGCAUUGAGCCAAAGUUUUCCUACCAUUUUUAUACAUAGGGUUACUACUGUAUAUUAAAGCCCAACUUUAAGCACUCAUAAGGGGUGUUGUGUUUACAGUAGUUUGUUCUGUAGGCUUGCUUGCAAGGGACCAGAGGCAAUACAAGUGCCCCUUUCCUUAAGGCAUGGGUCAAUGUAAGAUUGUUAAUUUGUGUAUUCAAAAAAAAAGAAGUUAUUUUCUGUAUGUCAUACAAAAGGCAGUAAAGUGCCCAUGUAUCUUGAUUUAUGCCAUGUACAUAUAUUUAUGUAUGUAAAUUAAAUCAUAAAAUAAACUUGACAUCCUAUAAAUAAUACU